UAUCUUUUUUCCCUGGAUAAUAUUUGCUUUAGUUCAUUUUAUUUUAUUUUUUUGCGGGCAUAUAUCUAAUUCCGAAAAGCAGGAUUAGUUAUUUCUUUGAAUCGUUCACCAUAAUCCUGGUUUUGAUUCUAUCUCAUCUUGAUGAGAUGUUUUUGUUCGUGAGCAUAAUAAUGUUAUUGCAUAAUUUCUAAAAAAGUUAUGUAAAUUAACUAGGGUUUUAGGUUAGGUACAGAGGAACUUCGAGCUUCUUCUUAUUCUUGAUUCUUUUGGUUUUGUUUUCCGAGGAAUGGGCGCCUGUUUUUGUCUAACUAAGAUCAAAGUUAGAAUCAUCUUUAUUUUGCAUUAUUGAGAAAUCUGCUGGUGAAUUAGAACUUUAUAUUGGUGCAAAUGUACAUACUGAUGCUUGAUUAUAUGGGUUUCUCUUAGUUCUGAUGUUUUUCUACCUGGUGAAACAGGGGCACCUAAGUCAAGCUUGCCACAACUUUAAACUUUUCGAAACAACUGGUUAUCUGUUUAAUAGACUGUUUAUUAUAGGGACAACGUGUUGUUUCCUAAGAUUUAAAAUUGUCCCAAGCCUGACGCAGGUGCGCCUAAACUUGAACCCCUUAAUUUGUCAUCUGAAAUGAUUAAAAUCAGAUGGGGGACCAAUGUAUUCUGAAUCUAGGGUUAGUGGUUGGGUUUCAGUUGUAUAAUUUCAAGCUUUUAUUCGUUUGCUUUGCUUUGAUUUAUCUGUUUUGAUUUUUUAUUUUUUGGGUAAAUAUAUUGAUGUGCACAGUUGGGGUUACCUGGUUUAUCAUCUCAUUGUUUUCCCUUUUUUAAUCUGAUUUUGGGGCAUAAAUAUUGCUGCCGACUGACUGAAUAACUGAUUAAAGUCAAUAAUGUGGUCACCUGCAUUCAAAAAAUGAAUCUUUAAAGGUAAAUAUUCGGGAACUGGGAACAGCAAAUUUAUGAGCUGCAUUUUGAUUUUAGAGUUUCAGGUCUCUGAGUCUUGAGCAAGGGAAAGAAACUGAGUUAAAGAGACCAGGAUGACUGGAUUACAGGAAAGCACCAGAGGGGAAGGAUAUAAUGAAGAUUCUUUGUGGAAAUUUUGUCCGACACCUGUCUUUGGGAAAUAUUCAGAUGCAGAGAUGGUAGCUCAGUUGAAAACACUAGCCCUUGAUCCUGGAAAAUCAGAAUUCUCAGAGAACAAAAUUUUGCCAUUGUUGAAGCAAACUAUCCGGGUGCGGAAGGCUAUGGUUCUGACAAAUGCAAAUUUUCCUCGGAGAAAGAGAAAACUGCAGCAGUUGUUAAAAGACCUUCCUAGUCCUGGAUCUUGGUUAUCUAACCAACAAAGUGGAUCAAAACUGAGCCGAGGGGCCUCACAUUCUUCUUCUACUUCGUGCUUGUUGAACUCAGGAGAAUCUGUUGAAAGUUUUGGGAGAAAAAUCAUUUGGGACUCACAUAGUUCAAACAAUCAUAUGAUACUUGAAGAUAAUAUUGAGUCUCGUUCUGUGGAUGAAGCUAUUAACCUGAAGUCUUCUUGCAAAGAUGUUAUUACCUUGUUAGAUUCUGACGAGUCUGUUAACUGUUUGAACAACAACAGUCCAGAAGAUGUGACCUCACUGGAGGAGGUGCCUUCACUUAGUGUACAUGGUUCUAGUAUCCCAGUUCACUCCUCCAGAUCUCUAGCGAAGGAUUCGCCCAUCAAGAAACAAUUUUCGCCACAUCGUCAGUCAAUUCGUUCAUUAAACCUUAUUGAUGAUGAUCCUCAAAGAAUGGUCAUCCCUGUAGGGCCUCGUUUCCAAGCUGAUGUUCCUGAAUGGACAGGCCCUCAGAAUGAUUCUGGAAACUCCAAGUGGUUAGGUACUCAAAUUUGGCCCAUUAAAGGAGGAGGUAAGGGAAGUGCGACCAGAGUUAUUGGAGAAGGGAGAUCAGAAUCAUGCUCCUGUUCUUCUCCAGCAUCUAUUGAGUGUGUUCAACGCCACAUUAUUGAGAAAAGGCUGGUUCUGCUGUGUGACCUUGGUAGUGCUUUCUUUCGUAUGAAACUUGAUGAAACAGGGGAACAAAUUGCAAGGUCUUGGACGCCAAAUGAACAAGAUAAGUAUAAUUUACUCGCAAGCAACAAUCGAGUAUCUGAUGGCAAGGAUUUUUUGAAACAUGCUUUAAAGUGUUUUCCCAACAAAUGCCAAAAAGCAAUAAUGAGUUAUUACUUCAAUGUGUAUAUCCUUCGACGCAUGAGCCAACAAACAAGGUUAUCAAAGCAAGUCGACACUGAUGAUGAGGAGGAAGUAAACUUCAGUUGCUCAGAUUCUCGGAGAAAAUCUGAAGGCAAGAAAGCCAGCUGCAUUUCCAAGGAUGUGAAAGCUCGAUUCUUGCGUCGGCCUUAGGAGUCAUCUCAAAGUAAUCACUAUACUGUUAGCUUAGAAUCAUUAGAAGGAUGUAGCUUUGUCUGUAGGCAACGAAAGGAAAUUAGUCCGAGUGUUCUUUAGUCCGGCUAAAAUAGUGUGUGUCGAUUUUUUAACAUUGCAUGUAGCAUCUUUGGCUUCAGACGAGCGGAGCCACUAGCUUUGUACAUUAUACAUCCCUGCAACAUAUAUGUCUCCUGCUUUCUGCCCUCAAGCACAGGUAAACCUAUGGUAAUCUACUCAAUGAUGUGUAUCAUGUAUGUACUUUGUUGAAAUAUAUUCAUUUAAUGUCUUCUGUGCGUACCAGAGGUAUGGCACCAGUUGCUAAGGAUUCUUUCUUUGUUUGCCUUCCUAUUUUCUUUUUAAGUUAUUUGUACUCUUGCCGCCACAAGCACCUCUGUCACUCAUCCUUCCUUCUUAAGGGAGUCUGUUG